CCUUCCUCUUGCCGUUAAUUUCAUGACUAUGCCUCUCGUACUCCUCUUCCUCCUCCUCCAAUCCCUUCUCCUCUCGGCCUUUCGCGUCUCCGCCGUCGGCGGCAGCCGUAUGGUCGGCGGCCGCACCGACGUCGGCGACGUGGAGACCAACAAGGAGGUGCAGGAGCUCGGCCUCUUCUCCGUCCACGAGUACAACCUCCGCGUCGUCCUCAGAAACCACGGCGACGGCCGCCGCCCCCUCGUGUUCUCCCGCGUGGUGGCGGCGCAGCGACAGGUGGUGUCCGGCAUCAAGUACUUCCUCCGCGUGGAGGCCGGCGAGGAGGGGCGACGACGAAGAGGGUUGCGGACGUUCGACGCCGUGGUGGUCGUCAAGCGAUGGCUCGGCUCCCGCACGCUCCUCUCCUUCAGCACCGGCGACGACACCGGUGUAGGGGUAUCGACGCGUAAUUUAACGAAUAAUUAAGGUGUUUAAUUCCUGUAUUAGGCGAUAAGCUAAGAGGGUUUAUAUAGAAUAAGUAAGGAUGGAUGGCUUUUUGCGAGCUAGCUAUUAUCUUAUAAAUCGGCGCGUCAGUUUUUG